GUUUAUAAUACGAAGUUCAAUGUUUAUCGGCAGGUAUUCCUUCAAUACCCUCAAAGAUACAGCCUAAAAACACUCAAAAAUGUCCUCUCCUAAAGCAGCAAAGGCCGAUAAUACAACAAGGAAGCGUAAGAGGAAGAGUUCUUCAAGUGAAAGUGAAGAAAAUGGCCCUUCAAAGAGAAAACAAAGGCCUCUGGCUCCCCGUGAACCAGCCGUGUAUUUCGACCCAGAGAAUGACUCAUCCGAUUUGGAGGACAUUGAACCAAUUUCUUUCGAAGAUGCAAAAAAUGGAAAAGCUACAAGACCGAUUCGAGUCUAUGCUGAUGGUAUUUAUGAUUUGUUCCAUUUUGGGCAUGCAAGAGCUUUGAUGCAAGCAAAAUUAUGUUUCCCAACACCAGUUUACCUAAUGGUUGGAGUUUGCAGUGAUGAAUUGACACACAAGUUCAAGGGUUUCACUGUUAUGACAGAUGAAGAAAGAUAUCAAUCAUUACUCCACAGUCGAUAUGUUGAUGAGGUGAUUAAGGACGCCCCAUGGUUGAUAAGCAAGGAGUUUUUAGAUUUACACAAGAUAGACUUUGUUGCGCAUGAUGACUUCCCUUACAAAAGUGCCGGCGCAGAAGACGUCUAUAAGGACAUCAAAGCCAUGGGCAAGUUUGUUGCAACCCAGCGUACAGAAGGAAUAUCUACUUCUGAUAUCAUUGCACGUGUUGUAAAGGAUUACGAUGUAUAUUUAAGGAGAAACUUAGCCAGAGGGUAUACUGCAAAGGAACUGAAUGUUGGAUUCAUGAAGGAAAAAGAAGUUUUAGUUAGAAACAAAUUUGAUGACAUCAAGGGAAAGAUAACAGACAAAUCCCAAGAGCUUCUCGAAAAAUGGGAAGAAAAAUCAAGGGACUUUAUCAGCCGUUUCAUUGAUAUCUUCGGCAGGGAUGGUCACCUGGACCGUCUUAUUGGAAGGGGAAAGGACAAGAUAGUAGGAGCUGGAAGGAGAAUCAAACAUGUGCUGUCACCUAACCCUUAUGCUGACCCUGAAUACUAUGAAGAAGUGUCCCCAUCCAGAUUACCUGCAAAACAACCUAGAUUAUCCUUUGAGCCUGAGAUGUCAGAUGAUUCAGAAUCAGAUGGAUAUUGAAGAGUUAAAAAAUAUUGAUGCAAAUUGCAAUACUGCUAUGCUAUUUUACACGCAUUUCAGACUUGGUAGGCAACAUGCAACAAAAUCUUCACAACGUUUAGCUUCAUCAUAUUUAAAUCUAAGUUUUGCAGUCAAAGGACAGGGAGCUUGCCCCCUAGUACUGCAUCAUUCAAUUCAUUAUUAUCCACUGAUGAUAGCCAGUAUAGUCCAGCUUAACAUUGAUUAGCUAAUUUUGCAAAUGUGCCAUACAGUUCAAGAUUAGAAUUUAUUUUUUAACACAUCAAAGGAAGUUUGGAAAUUGAAAAAUCAAAUGAUGAAUUGAAUAAUGCAGUCUAUACAAGAAGUAUGCAGGGCAUCUUGGUGUCAUAUGCACCAGUAUGCAGGGCAUACUUCUUGUACUUUGAGUGUAAAUGUGUGAAAUUACGGUAUCACUGACAAGAUAUCGUCCAUGUCUGGACGUUUUCAGAAGGGAUGACAAAUAAUCCUUCAUCGAAUAAUUUAAGUGUCUCAUUUUAAAAACGUAUUCCUGGAAAAUUUAUAUUAAAUGAUUCUCGUAGUUUCACUUUUUUGGUAUUCUAAUGUAGGGCUGAAAAUAACUGUCGGUCAGUCGCCAAUUAUGAUGACCAACCAAAUUAAUUUUUUCUUGGCCAUUCUUCAUUUCUGGCUCAAUGUUACCUGCUAGCAGAGUCUCUCUUCUCUUUCUCUCCCUUCUUUCAGGCGGGGAGGAAUGAGACUGCUGAUGUAGAGCAUUUCCUUUGAUACACUGCUUUCCUUGAUUGUGGACGAACAAAACCAGUUUUAAAACCGGUUUUUAACUGAUUACAUGUAGUGUGUAUGAGAAAAUGUGACACACCGUGGCGCCAAACAUUGUUUGACGAGAGCGACUGUCUAAAUCAUGGCAGCAUUGCUAAGUUACGCCACGCAUACGCGACAGAAAUAACGUCCUACAUUGGCAGAGUCAAUUUUUCUCUCUCAGCCAAAACAACAAAUUUAAGGAAAAUAGGCUCUGCUAGCAGGCAAGGCUCAAUGUUACCCAUGUAGUCAAAAUGACCAGAAUUAAAAAAAUUCCAAUUUUUGUCAGACAUUGUCAAGAUGACGGCUGUUAUUGUAAGCCCUGGACAUAUGGUGCAACUGUUGCAUGAAGUGAGAUUGAUGGGUUACACGUAAUAACAUUUCCCAAGACAAAACACUACCUAAUAUUUAUCUCCAAUGCGGUAUAGGAUGCAAUGGUUUGAUAGCUUGGACACCUCUUUAGCUUGGUCUUAAUGUUUUCUCAUUCAGACCACACGUCAUUCUCUUGAUAAAAAGAUUCUUUGUUUGAGUUGUAUCCAUAUUCAUGUGUCUUCUCAUAUGCACCAGUUAAACAAAGAAAUGAUACUCAAGGGAAUGACACGUGGUCUAAAAUGGGAAAACAUUCCUCCAAGUGUCAACAAUGCCAGUUCAGUGUAGAUUUGGUUCUUCUCCUGUGCAAUAUUGCAUGCAGGCAAUGAGGUGCAAUUUUCUGGUUGCAUGCAACAGUGUCACCAAUGCCUUACGUUGGUGUACAAAAUAGCACCAAUGAAACAAUUGAAAAAAAUAGAUCAUGUGUUUAGUGCUAUUUCACAGAUAUAUGAUUUAAACUCUAUCAAUUAAAAAAAAUCAUAUUUAUAUUUUGCCAAUUAAGUA